UUAAAUAAAUAUUUUUUUCAGAGAAUUGAAUCAGUUUGAAAAUGGCUGAAUAUCUCGCCAGUAUAUUUGGUACAGAGAAGGACAAGGUGAAUUGUUCCUUCUUCUUCAAGAUGGGAGCGUGUACUCACGGAGAUAGGUGUUCAAGGAUCCACAACAAACCUACAUUCUCACAGACUAUGCUUCUGCAGAACCUUUACAUCAAUCCACAGAAUUCGGCCAAGACGGCCGACGGUUCUCACUUGGCAAACGUAACCGACGAAGAGAUGCAGGAGCACUACGACAACUUCUUCGAGGACGUGUUCGUAGAGUGUGAGGAUAAGUAUGGUCAGGUUGAGGAGAUGAACGUCUGCGACAAUCUCGGCGACCACCUGGUCGGCAAUGUUUACGUCAAAUUCAAGCGUGAAGAAGAUGCCGAGAAAGCGACCAAUGAUCUGAACAAUCGUUGGUUUGGUGGCCGGCCGAUUUACGCCGAGCUCACUCCUGUCACAGACUUCCGUGAGGCCUGUUGUCGUCAAUACGAGACCGGAGAGUGUACUAGAUCAGGGUUCUGUAACUUCAUGCACCUCAAGCCUAUCGGCCGGAAGCUUCGGCAUGAGCUGUACGGUCGUAGUAUGAAGGGAGGCGGUGUUGACAGAAGCGCAGCCGGCGGAAACCAGGUUGACCUGAAGGACGAGCUGGAGAUGGAGAAGAGGACGAGGAGGAGGAGUAGGUCCAGGGACCGCAGGAGGGACAGGUCCAGGGACAGGAAGAGGAGCAGGUCCAAGGACCGAAGCAGCAGGGACGGAAACAGCAGGGUUAAAGAGGAGAGGAGCAGGAGUAGGGAGAGGGGUGGGAGGUACUAAACCCUCCUGCUAUCCGUGAACAGACCUUUUUUCAAUCAUAAUUAGAUUUUGCUCUGUUUGCUUCUGUUCACAUAAUCUGAAAAUAUAAUUGCUCCCGAUUCAUUUAAAAAUUGUCAAAUGUAAUAAAAGUUACGAUGUCAAGUAUUGUAAAUUUCAAAUUUUCAGA